UUAAAAAAAAAAGCAAAAAAAGAAAUGCAGCCUAUCGCAAUCGAGAAGAGAGAGAGAGAGCGAGAGAGAGGGAGGGAGAAAAACACGUCUCCAAACGUGGGCCGCGCAAAAUGAAGGAGGAAGGGAAGAACACGAAGUGCCCGUGAGUUCCUAUUCUUCAUUUCAUUCUUCGAUGGCCGGUUCUGCUGCUUCUGCCGAGGGUUCAAAUGCAUUCGACGACAUCGAAGAGUUCCUUUGGGCUGAUGUUGCGACUGUGGAUAUUCCAUUGGAGCGAUUCAGCCAGGUGUUUGAUUUAAUGCACAAGGGAAACCAAGCUUUCCAAGAGAACAAGAUUGAAGAGGCAAUCGCUUGUUACUCUAAAGCUCACAGCUUAAAACCGGGAGAUCCUGUUAUCUUGAGUAAUAGAAGUGCUGCUUUUUGCAGGAUUAGCAAACGCCUAAGAAACCGAUCUGCAUCUGCUUCUGAAUACCAACCGCUAAAUGGAUUGGAUCCUACAACACAUGCUGAAUCAUCAUUUCAGCUUGCUUUGAAGGAUGCUGAGAAGGUGAUGAACAUCCGAAGUAAUUCAGCCAAAUCAUAUUAUCUCAAGGCCAAUGCUCUCAUUUUGCUAGAGAAAUACGAAGAUGCUCGGGAAACACUACUUUCAGGCCUUCAGGUUGAUCCUCUUAGCUCUUGCCUUCAGAUCACUCUCCAGGAUUUAGAGAGUAUUUCAGUUUGUUCGUUUAAAAGGACAUCACAUGGGAAGCCACAGCGUACGGAUGACUUUGAAUGUACCCUCUGUUUGAAGUUGUUGUAUGAACCUGUUACUACUCCUUGUGGGCAUUCUUUUUGUCGCUCUUGUCUGUUUCAGUCUAUGGACCAUGGUAACAAGUGUCCAAUGUGCCGGACAGUUCUAUUUAUCACUCCUACAACAUGCUGUAUAAGUGUAACAUUGAACAACAUAAUUCAAAAGAACUUUCCUGAAGAAUAUGCAGAGAGGAAUUCAGAGCAUGGCAAUUUGACAAACUCAGGUGGUGAUUUGGUUCCACUUUUUGUCAUGGACGUUGUCCUCCCUUGUCAGAAGCUGCCACUCAAUAUAUUUGAGCCACGUUAUAGGCUUAUGGUGAGGAGGAUAAUGGAAGGAAAUCAUCGCAUGGGAAUGGUUGGCUUUGAUUCAGCAACAGGUUCCAUAGCUGAUUAUGCUUGCGAAGUGGAAAUAACCGAGUGUGAGCCGCUACCAGAUGGACGAUUUUAUUUAGAGGUUGAAGGACGCCGGCGUUUUCGUAUUCUACACUCCUGGGACCAAGACGGGUAUCGCAUUGGAAAAGUUGAAUGGAUUCAGGAUAUUUGUCCACCAGAAGGAACAAAAGAGAGAGAUGAUUUACAGCAAAUGGCUAUUGGAGCAGCAGAGCUGGCUCGCACAUGGAUAAGGCAGGUGAAAGACACAGCAAAAACAGAUAGAAGACCAAGGCGUUUAGAACUCCUCCAAGCUGAAGGAAUGCCAGGACCUCAGGACCCUGAGCGUUUUAGCUUCUGGCUUGUGAAUUUGUUGAAGCUGAGGCCAUUAGAAAGGUUGGAAAUGCUACGUUCGAGAGAGACACGUGAGAGGAUAUCCCGUGGGCUUGUUCUUUUGAGAGCCGCAGAACAAGGCUGCUGACUCCGAUGACGAGUAUUGCAGUGGUGGGUUUUUGGCACCCCUUGAUCGUCUACUCAUAGAUAUGAUUAUUAAGAAGAAGAAGAAAAAGAAACAAUUUAUUUGUAAGAAAUUUGUUAUUAUUCUUUGAUCCAGCCAAUUGAAAAUGUGGAUGGAUAUUGUUUUAGUUGUAAUAAUGCAUUCAACUCUUUGAUGUCAUUCACAAACUUCCGUAUUUGGCA